GGUGUUGAGCUAUUUUCUAGCGGCGUUUGCGGUGGUCCAAAGACGGCUUAGAGCUGGAGAUGGUGAGCGGCACCGUUUUGAGGUGCGAAUUUUCUCCAUGCCUUGUUGCAAGUGAGAUAGCCAUCUCCACACAAGAAGAGCAAUCAAAGGUCGGUUGAUGAACAACAAGCCUAUGGAAGAGAAUUCAUGAUGAAGAGGUAAAAAGCCUAGAAGCAAUUGCACAUCAAUCGGAAAGGAAGCAGGUAAUUAACUAUCUUGAGAUUCUUAAAUGGAGGGAAAUGGCAUCCCGUUGGUGGACCUCGCUGGCAUUAGUAAGGUUUUGCGAAACCAAUCCACAUCGUGGCAGAAUGCUCGUGUGGAGUAUGAUGGAGUAAAAGAGGUAGCGUAUCAUAGCCUAGUAAAGAAGGGUAAGGACAAAGCCGAGUUGAAGAAGGUUAUCGGGCAGGUAUGUGAUUUCUUAGACAGUACCAUUAACGGUGGGGUCAGCUCGUUCAUUCGUGAGCGGUUUAUAUUGGACUACGAGUUGUGGUGCAACCUCGACAAGGAUCCUGGUUAUGGGUGUGAGAAUUUUAAUUUGUCUUUUGAUGUUAGAUGGGUUGGCAGAAUGGAAUGUCCCCCCGAGAGUUUUCAUAGGUAUAGGAGUUCUACCUUAGCCGGAAAUGAGAUAGAUUCAGAUGAUGAGCCGGUGGUUGCCGCUCCCAAGGUUGCUUCUAAGGUGAGGUUUGCAGAGCACGUAGCGGAGGUGUCUGCACCUACUGCCCCAGAAGAGAGCUUUGGGGGUGAUGGCGAUGAUGAUGAGGUCGUGUAUGAAGAGCCUCCUCCUUCGAACAUACGCAGGGAAGACAAUAACCAUCAAGACAGGGCGGGGAAGUCCCGGGAAAGAUGGAACCGCUCCACAGGAAGGGAGAGGUGAGACCGAGGACGCUGCUGGGAAGACCGGGGCCUCAGCAGAUGAAGGAAAAGGAGAAGAAGCACUCCAAAAAAAAAACGCUUCAUUUGGGGAGAAGAAGCACUCGAGAAAAGCUUCAUUUUUAUUCCUAAGUUUCUAUGCCUGUGAUGCGAUCCUAGCCUUUAAGGAUGCAUUUGAAUUGAUACUCUUCUUUCUUCAGGAAUGCGUUAUCAAUGAUGGAACAUUCAUCAACCAUGAAUACAAUGAUGUAUAUCUGGUUACCAUAAUAGAUCCAAUUCCUCUGGAUGCCUUUACCUUACAGGAGCUGCAAGAGCUCCACUCAGCGCUAGAAGAAACUAAAGCCGACAUUGUUGGACUGUGGGCCCUAAAGUUUCUAAUUGGCGAGGGUUUGCUUCCGAAGAGCCUAGUGAGAUCGAUGUAUGUCUCUUUUCUUGCUGGAUGUUUUCGCUCUGUGCGCUUUGGAUUAGAGGAAGCUCAUGGCAAAGGGCAGGCGCUGCAGUUCAAUUAUAUGUUCGAGAAAAUUGCCUUUGUCUUACAACCUGAUGAGACCUUCUCCAUCGACUUCGAUAAGGUCGAGGAUGUUGUCGAGAGCUUGAGUAGGGAAAUCCUUACAGUACAAGCAAGAGGCGAUAAAGAUGGUGCCCAAAUGCUUCUUAAGAAAUAUGGCGUUAUGACUCCUCCACUGCAAUGUGCACUCCAAAAACUGGAAACGAUUCAGGUUCCGGUGGACAUAGUUCCUGAAUUUCCCGUUGCUGAUCAAAUUUUACGUGAAAGCCAUUGAGGACUUGACAUUAUAAACUGUUCUUGAAGGAGGAGCACAAAUGAUGGGGUUUUUAUGCUGUUGUGAACAGAAGUUGCAUCAAUAAUGUGGGAUUUGUAUGUUUAGAACUGAAAACAUAAUUUGAGAAUAAAGUGAAAUAGUAUCGAUUUUUGCUUCCACAAUAUGCUGCAAAUGAUUCCAUCGACUCUUUGUGGUUUGAGUCGAUCAGCUACAGGCUUAUUGAAUUGAACUUGUAAUUUUUUCUGU